AUGUUAAAGUCCUGGUUUGCCAUGACGUAUGAGCAGCUCACCUGGGCGGAAGUGAGCGGCUCUCUGGGUGACCUGGGCACCUUCCUCCCUCUACUUAUCGCGCUCGUCCAAAAGGUGGAUCUGGAUCUUGGAACCACCCUGAUCGUGACGGGUAUGUACAACAUCGUCAGUGGGGUGCAGUUCGGUAUUCCCAUGUGCGUGCAACCCAUGAAGACCAUCGCGGCAGUGGCCCUGGCGGCCUCAGAGCUACUGCUUGCGGGUGUCUUCGUGUCGGGCUGCGUGCUGGUGCUGGGCCUUACGCGAUUGAUCGACGUGUUCAAUUGGCUCGUACCGCCACCUGUCGUACGGGGUGUGCAGCUCGCCGUGGGGGCCAAGCUGGCGAUGAAGGGUCUCGACAUGGCUUUCAGGCAGCGGCUACCGACCCACGGGCCACCGGAUGGACCAGCUCCAGCCUUCUCUCCCUUUCCCUCCCCCUCCUCCUCCUCUUCCUCCCUCCUGCCACCGUGGCCACCGUUAUCAUCUUCACCAACGUUGGCGGCGCCGCCUCCUUCGGUAGCGGUGUGGCGGCCUGUGAUGGGCAGCGAGGGAUUUCUGGUGGCGGCGAUGGCGCUGGGGUUCCUGCUGGUAACCACCAUGGCGCCUAGAGUUUCUCGUCCUGAUUCUCCCGAUGCAGCUGAAGAGGGGUCUCUGGGACCUCCACCUGCCGAUACACCUUUCGGUCCCCUGCUUCAACGCUUAAUGACGUGGCGUCGUACGACACCGGCUUCAUCCUCAUCAUCAUCAUCACCAGCACCACCUCAACCAGCAAAUGGCACGAGCGGCGGGAUCGGUGGCGGUGACGGUGACGGUGGCGGCGGCGGCGGCGGUGUAACGGAAACGAACUGGCUGAUUGCAACAAGUAAUUUCGGUAGCGGCUUCGUUGACAGCGACGGCAAUACCCGCCGCGGCGCCGAAGAUCCGGAGCUGGCGGCGGCGGUGGCGAUGUCACCAUCGUACGACGCCGAUGCCGCUGGCGGCAGCAGCUACCCUUGCAGGCAGCAAGGCGGAUGCAGUGCCAGCGGCGGCGGCGGCGGCGGCAGCAGCAGCAGCUGUGGCGGUGGCGGGCGGCGGGGAUUUCCUUCAGCGCUGGUGACGGUGGUUGCGGGGCUGCUGAUGGCGGUCGUCUCUCGCCCCCGGCUGCUGGCAGAACUCAAGUUGGGUCCCAGCACCCCCCGCCUGCUUCAACCCAACUGGAGCGAUGUACGACAGGGCGCUGUACGGGCGGGACUACCCCAGCUGCCCCUGACCACCCUGAACUCCGUCAUCGCGGUCGUCCAACUUGCCAACAGCUUGUUCCCGGACAGAAGGGACUCUUCCCGCUGGUCCCCCACCGCCGUGGCGCUGUCCGUGGCCCUCAUGAACCUGUGCGGCUGCUGGCUGGGCGCGAUGCCGUGCUGUCAUGGGGCUGGGGGGCUUGCAGCGCAGUACAAGUUCGGCGCACGCAGCGGCUCAGCGCCAGUGCUGCUCGGUUGCCUCAAGGCAGCGCUGGGACUUGCUUUCGGCGGAAGUCUUGCGGCGCUGCUGGCGGCAUUUCCUCAGCCACUGCUUGGCGCGCUGCUGCUGGUAUCCGGCGUGGAGCUGGCAUCGGUGUUACGGCACAUGAGGACACCCCGAGGCUACAGCUUCGCCCUCAUCACAGCAGUAGCCAUUUUGGGACUGGAUGACACCGGUACGGGCUUCCUGAUGGGACUGGCGGCAGUAGCAGUAGUCGGCACUCACGACGCCGUCAGCGGGUGCCUGAUGAAGCAGUUGGGCGGCGGCAGCAGCGGCGGCAGCGGCGACGCUGGCGGCGGCGGCGGCGGCGGCGGCGGCAAAGGCGGCGGAUGGUGCUGUCAACUGCUGUACCGAUGGCGGAGGCGACUGGCGUCCAUGCAGACGGGAUCACGCACGAUGGCAGCGUCAGCUGGACAAGUCUUAUGGAGCGGCGGCGGUGCCGGCAUUGGCCGUGGCGGCAGUGACGGAACUGGCGGCGGCCCUGGCCCGACUACCGAUGCGCUGUACGACAAACUGGAAGAUGUUGACCUCGAUGGCGGUGGCGACGUUACUUGGAAAGGCAGUGGCAUUGGAGGCGGCGGCGGCCGCUUUUGA